UAUUGUGAGAAAAAAGAAACAAGCUUCGUCCGCAAUCCCCAAUUCAAAACCCUAGCCUUAGCCUGAGCUCCAUAAUCAAAUCCAAUUUAUCAGAGAUCAAAGAUGGCUAUUGCACGAACUGGAGUUUAUGUUGAUGAUUACCUUGAGUGGUUUUAAUUCUACAAUUCGGAAAUUCAAUUUCAUGUAGAUGCAAGCACUUUCCCUGCAGAGCUACAAAGACUACUAAACACAGUUCGCGAGCUAGACGAGAGAUCUCAAUGUAAAAUCGCUUAUAAAUCAGACAAGGCAGCAAACUAAGUAUUGCUUAGGGCUUGCUUCACAGAGUUCUAAAAAGGGUAAUGGUAAUCAUUACAAUAAUGGUGGUCUUGAUGAAGAGGAAACGAUUGAGAAAAUGCGUAAAGAGAUCGAGUCUAGUCAGGAAAAUGCGUUAAGUUUGUGUACGGAGAAGGUCUUAUUGGCCCGACAAGCGUAUGAUCUUAUAGAUAGUCAUGUAAAACGACUUGAUGAAGAUCUGAAUAAUUUUGCAGAAGAUUUAAAGCAAGAGGGAAAAAUACCACAAGACGAGCCCUCCGUUCUUCCUCCACUACCUAUAGUUCCUAAACCGGAAAAGCGUAAGUCCUUCUAUGGCACACCUCAGUCCAAGAAGAUUGAUUACAGAGAUAGGGAGUGGGAUCGUGAUAGAGAUUUUGAGCUCAUGCCUCCUCCAGGAAGCAAUCGGAAAGACCUCAUGCCAAUCGAAGAGCAGCCGAUCGAUCCAAACGAACCAACUUACUGUGUCUGCCAUCAGGUGUCCUUUGGAGACAUGAUUGCCUGCGACAAUGAGAAUUGCCAAGGAGGUGAAUGGUUUCACUAUACAUGCGUUGGCCUCACACCUGAGACCAGAUUCAAAGGGAAAUGGUAUUGCCCCACCUGCAGGCUCCUCCCACAGUCACAUUAAUAUCAUUCCCUGUGACAAGGUAUUGCUUUAGUUUUAGCAUCAAUCAUCAGAACUAAGGUAUCCUCCUGCAAUUCCCAUGCAUUGUGUAGCUAAUAUAAUUCUCAUAGGUGCCAAUGGCAUCUUCCUUGGCACCUUCGCUUCAUGACCAGUGUCACCAAUCUCAUCUUUCUUGCUACGCAUCAUCUAGCAAGUGCAAGUAGAAGCAAACUUUAGAUGGAGAAAACAUCCUGUUUUGUACACCUUGGGUUAAUUCUUGGAUCUUAUAUUUUGUAUAUCAAUUGUAGUUGGGUGUUGGUGGGUAUUUUCCGUUUUAUUCUACUAGUAUCGAUAUUUUCAUCUGCUUCUCUUUUUCCCUCAAACCAUGAGCCUUUGUAUUGAUUAAAUGACAUGUACAAAGUUUUUGUUCAUCA